UUAAGAUUGACCUUCCCGAGGCGCCGUAGCAAUGAUAAACAUUGACAAGCAGCUGUUCUUUUAGUAUUACGUUACAGAGCUCACGUGUAAGAUAUUACUGCGUGAAGUGUAUAAAGGUGUUGUAGCAGAUACUCAUUUCUAUCACUAAUAAAGCAAUGGAGCCUGUUAUAAAAAUAAAUUCUGGAGCGUCGAAGUGGGACAUUCGUCAGCAAGUCUGGGACUAUAUAGAAGAGAACAACCUGGCCAACUUCCCAAGGCCCGUUCACAACAGAAUCCCAAAUUUCAAGGCUGCAAAUCAAGCAUGCAACAGGCUUGCAGACCUGCAGGUGUUCAAGUCCAGCCAGACAGUCAAAAUAAACCCAGACAAACCCCAGCAGCAGGCACGCUUUGUCACUCUGGAAGCACAAAAAACAUUGCUGGUCCCAACUCCUCGUCUUCGUACUGGUCUUUUCAAUAAGAUUACUCCUCCCCAAGGGGCCAGCAAAGAACAGCUACGUGUAUGCUCUUCAUCCCAGGGUGUGAAAGACUUCAGUGUGCCUGUUGACCUGAAUGCGAAGGUGAAGGUAGACCUGCUGGUGAUCGGCUCUGUGGCGGUGUCAGAGAAAGGAUUUCGGAUUGGAAAAGGAGAGGGCUAUGCUGAUCUGGAGCAUGGCAUGAUGGUUUCAAUGGGAGCUGUGAAUGAGUCUACUGUGGUGGUUACUGUUGUCCAUGACUGCCAGAUUGUGGACAUACCAGAAGAGCUAAUAGGAAGUCAUGACCUGACUGUGGACUACAUCCUCACACCUACCAGAGUUAUUAAAACCAAUUGCCCAUUACCCAAGCCACAGGGAAUCAUCUGGACUAAGCUGGACACAGAAAAGUUGGAGAAGAUCCCCAUCCUAAAGACGCUGCGUGAUCUGGAGGAACAGGCUGGAAAGGACGUAACACUGGGGGCGGUCCCUGCUGCAGCUGAGUCUGAUCUGCAGAUUGGUCAACCCAAAAAACAAACCAGACGGAGGGCAAGGCAGAACGUGCAGCAGGAUGCUGCAAGAGAGUCCAAACAGGAGAAAGGACCAGAGGGAGAACAGAAAGCUAGACAGCGCCCAGCUAGGGUGAGGAAAGAAAGCAGAGGAGAUGGCAGGGGAGGUAAUGAGGGAGAAGACGAGAGAGGAAAGGGUAAAAGUGGGAGGAACAUGAGGGAGAAGGGCCCAGAAGAAGGAGGAAGUGAAGUCCCAUCUCAACGUAAACUCCCGCUGAGUGUGACCACAGUUUAUCUGGGGGGGAUCCCUGCAGGGCUGCGUGUCAGUGAGCUGAAAACUGCCCUCAGAGAGAGGGAGGUCGCUCCGCUGAGGCUCACCUGGCAGGGAGCUCAGCACAGGGCCUUUCUGGACUACAGUGAUCCUCAGGCUGCAGACCAGGCCCUGGAGUCUCUGCAGGGUCUUAGUCUGAAUGGUCACAGUCUGCAGGCUGAGCUGGCGAGGAGCCAGCCAGGAGGCAAGAGGUCUGGACAGCCCAGUAGGAGAUCAAGACCAUCAACAGCUAUAAAAUCUAAAACCGCACCACCAGGUACCAAGGAUGACACCACUGAAAACACUGAGCAGUAAUAGCAGUCGGCCAGAAGUAUUGAUUGAGGAACAACCUCAAAUGCCUUAGGAGGAGUUUAGUUGAUUUUUAAUAUUUCUGGGUUUAUUAGAAGAGGACCUCAGAUAUAUGACCCAUAGACAAGUGACUGCUAAGGCUAAUGAACACAACAUAUGAAUAAAGUAUGCAGCUAUGACACCUAAAAAUAUGAGAAAAGUGCUGAAUCCCAGCAUCAUAACUUAGUACGCUAGAAAAGUAUUUUGUACAUAAUAUUGCACAAUACUUAACCAUACACAUAUGUGCCUUGUUUACACACACACACACACACACACACACACACACACACACACCUGUUGGUCUGUGUCCCAAGAGCUUUCACGCCUUGAAGGUGAUUCUUCAAAAUAAACUAUAGAUAUUAGUCUUGCACACCUAAGACUGUAUAUACAGUCUUUUUGUUAAAAUGCUAAUGUUCAUUUUAGUUCAACCACCAACUAGCAGUAUUACCUCUUCCAAGAAAGUUACAGUAUGUUGUCAAACCUGCUUGCUAAAAAACAUCGAGCCAAAGAAACUGGUCACUUGUUGCAGAUAGUGUGACCAUGUGGCCGUGUUACACACUUUAUACAGUCCUGAUACUUCCCAACUUCAUGAAGUGUGAGCACUUGACAUAGUUCUCACCAGAUCUGUAAUAUUUGGAUUGCUCUAAAAGCGUAAUGUGUGUGGGUUUUUUUGUCUAUUUUGUUCCAUUGCCAUAUAGAUGCAGCCAUGAACUUAACACGAACAUACUAGCAAAGGUUUAUGCCAUUUUGGUUACAGACUGCAGUAAUAUAAUUAAUUUAAAUGGCCACAAUUUAGUUGUGAUGACUCAUUUUGAAACUAGCUUGAAAAACCAGACCUUGUAAAUUACCCAGGAUUUAGGCAUUGUCUAAAAAUCAACAUGUUUAUCUGUAAGGAUGGAGGUGUAGACUUUACAUAUCUAAAUCAAUUUUAUUUACAAAAUAGCACUUUUGGAGGAUUGUAUAACCUCAUUGAAGCUUUGCUUUUUACCCAGUAUAGUUUUUCUCAUAAUAUUUUGGAAGUAGACAUUGUGCAUUCAGCAAUAUUUAUGCCUUUACUGAUAAAAAUCACUUGAUGGCUUUUGGUUAGGUCAGUUUGAUGCCAGUCUCAUUUAAUGAACGAGGGAAGCCUGGAUGACCUGUUCUAGUUCUAUGCAUCAGUUUGUAACAUGUUAUACAGUAACUUCCUGUACUAAAGGGUUUGAUCAUA